AUGGUCUGUUUUGAAGUAAUUAUAUUGGGUGGCUUAGGUGGUCCCUCUGAAUUUUCUACUCAAUGUUUCAUGGUAAGACCACUAGAUUCUGAUAAUUUGAAGUCAAUUUGUAUUGAUGGUGGUGCUGGUGUAGGUCAUAUUAUGGAUACUUUACUUAUUUCGGACGAAGAUAGAAAUGUCACAAUAGAGGAUUUCAAUAGGGCUAAUGACGAUUUUAAUAGAUAUUUCAAUAUCUGCCACAAUAAGGACAGCAAAGACGUAAAUUAUAAUGUGAAUCCAGAUAGAUUAAUUACUAAGAGAGUACGAUAUAAUACAACUUCCUUAAGCAAUGUUAUUGAUACAACUAUGCUUGGAUUUUCUAACAAGGUAAUGGGUUUAUUGGAGGAUAAGCCAACCGUACUUCAGAAGGCAUAUAGAAUAUACCAAGGAAUUAUUAGUUACUUUAUCACACAUCCACAUUUAGAUCAUAUUAACGGUAUGAUCUUAAAUUCUCCAUUACUUGUUGACAAGGAAGUUGAAAGUAAAAAGACAAUAUAUGGAUUAGAUUUUACUACAAAUGCAUUAAAAUCAUGCAUCUUUAAUGAUAUAAUAUGGCCAAAUUUAUCUGAUUCCAAGAUUGGUAAACUUCAAAUAGAAACUUUGAAUGAAUAUGAUAGUCAUCAAUUACGAGAAUUCCCAGAAUGGGAGAUUGUUCCAUUCAGAUUAUGUCAUGGAGUCAAAAUUACCACUGAGAUAAGAAGUUACAGUACGGUUUAUCUUGUCCGAAACAAAGUCAAAAAGAAUGCAAUUAUCUUUUUUGGCGAUAUGGAUUAUGACCAGAUUUUGGUCAAAAAUAACAACAAAGUGGAUCUAUUAAACAUAUUCUGGAACUAUUUAGUUGAAGCUGUACCUUUAGCUAACCUGAGUGGCAUAUUUAUAGAAUGUUCAAGUUCAAGUAAAAUAAAGGAUAAACAAUUAUACGGUCAUCUUUCUCCAAAACAUUUGAUAAGCGCUUUGAGAAUGUUAUAUGACAAAUAUCUUUCGAUAUCUAACAGUAAAAAUAGCGGUGACAAUAAGAUACAAAAGUUUAAACUAAAUGUUAUUAUUACUCAUGUUAAAAUGGUGGCGGAUUCAAGAGAUUCAAGGGAAACUAUUUUGGAAGAACUGAAACUGCUAGCUAAAGAACAUGCUGAACUUCAAGAUAUAACUUUUUAUUUGGCUUUAAAUAAGUACCGGUUUGUUCUAUAG